AAAAUUAUAAAGCAAUACAAGAACAUGAUUGUCAUAUUCAAGCAUUUUUUAUUUUAAUAAAUCAAGCAAGACUUUCUAGUAUCUAUGAAAAAUUACAAAUUGACAAUGUGCUUCAAAAAUGGCAUUAUAACCUAGUUCGAAGUGAAAAAGAUUCAAGAGAAUAUUCUGAAAAAAAUUACAAUAAAUGUAAAAAAUAUCAUCACCAACCUAUUGAUAGAAAUGAUUCAAGAUGCAAAAUUAAAAAAGCUAUUUUAGAAAUA